GAUGCGAGUCUCGCCUGCAACUGCUGCCGAAAGCGCAAGCUUCGAUGCUCCAGAGAGACUCCAGCAUGCGAGCACUGCCGCAAAACAGGAUAUGAAUGUGUUUACGAGUCAAAACGUGCAAAGCCUGGAAUGAAGACUGGGGCGGUUGAGAACAUACACAGAAGGCUUGGUGAGUAUUGGGUGAUGCAGAAGCUCACUAAACGGUCCCUUGCUAGCCAACAGGAAGCUCUCAGUAAACUGCAAUCCGAGGCGGACUCCAGUGGUGACAGAAGUUCUCAUCAAGAACAGACUGCAACUAGCAACAGCAUUCUCUUGUCACUUGCUCAAGAGAUAUGCAAGCUCAACGAAAAAUCACCAACAUCUUCGACGAUACCGGGAGGUGGCGAUAUCUCUCACAAACGGCGUCGAAUCAGUAGUGAUGUUGGACAUCAGCACGUUCAUGGUCACCAUGUCCCGCCUCUGCCCGAUGAAAGCGUCUUGGAACAGGUCAUCAGUGCCUACUUCACCCACAUACAUCCGUGGAUCCCUAUGAUCCAUGAGGCUCGAUUUCGUACAAGGAUCCGAGAUGAUAUGGGAAAAGGCAGUUUGCAUUUGGUUUUGCAGGCAAUGGUUCUAGUUGCAUCACGAUAUGUCUCGACCAAGGCUAUUGCUGAUUUGGCUAUGACGUUCGCCGGGGACCAAGAAGACCUCAGGGACUGGGUUGUAGCCAAAGCUACGAAAAGCAUGUCGGUUGAGAACCUGCAAGCACUUAUUAUUAUCUGCUUCAACGAUGCAACAUCCCAGGCAUGGUCACUCGUCGGGGCCUUGACCCGAAUUGUCGAAUACCUACAAUUGACAAUCGAGGACGACGAAGUUGACCGACCCUCCUUCUCACAGCCUUACAUAUCCUUGCCUUCCUCACAAGGUUGGACCGAGUCUGAAGAGCGAAGGAGAGUGUUUUGGUGUGUCUUCAACUUGGACCGUUUCUGCUCUGUGACAACGGGUUGGAACACUAGCCUCACCUCAGACGAUGUCAAUCGUCGUCUUCCAUGCGAUGGGAUAACCUGGAGAAAGGAGGAUCCCGUUUCUACACCCUACUUUGGUAUCUGGGAUAAAUCUGCCGGACGCAUCGGAAACCCCAUUGCGUUCCUCCCCGCGCAUCCAAUCCCGCCGCAAGCUGGUGCAGACGAUGAUGGGCGCACCCCAUCUGAAGCAGGAACAUCACCAGGAGCAGUAUCUGCCGUGGACAUGUCAACCGUGGGUGCCUUUGCCUACUGCAUCGAGGCUACGGAGUCCUUAAGCAGAGUUACGAGCUAUUUCCUCCAACAGAGGGUCAACACCAAGGAUCAGAAGGACCUCAGCAGCUGGUUGACACGGUUUAAAGAGCUUGAUGUCCGCUUGGUGCACUGGAAGAUGCUACUCCCGAGGAAGUGGAAGGUCAACAUCACGCAGCAAUCGUCCAGGAUGGAUCCGAAUUUGACCCUGGCUCAUGUCACACACAACGCAUCCAUGAUUCUACUUCACCAGCCCAUUGCCUUUCCUCCACUAAAUUGGCCGUUCCGGACCAGAUUGCCGAGUCUCUGCAGCGUCGAUACAUGCCAGGCGGCCGCGGUCGAGAUUGCCACUAUCACGGAUCAUUAUCUCAACAACCUAGCCGAGAUGGGCCCUCUCAAUAAUCAGUUCGCCUUUUGCGUGUAUAUCGCUGCAAGAGUGCUACUUCUACAUUGGCGUUAUAGCUCGAUCGAUUGCCUGACACCCGAAUUCUGGUUGCUGAUCCAGAGCUUAGAGGCCAUGUCAAAACGAUGGGCGGGACUUGUUGGUUCUCGAGAGAAUCUGGCUUCUAAAUAUUGUGCGACUCUUGUUCAACUACAUGCUCAGUGCACCCAGGAUGAAUCAUUCGCCAUCAGUAUUCCAGCAUAUACGACUGAGGUAAAGCAUUCAAGGGCAUCUCUCAAGGCCCCAUCUCAAGGCCCAAAUGGGGAUCCAUGGUUACGGAAUGAGCCUCCAAACGUUCCGAGUCCGCAGUUACGAACCUCUUAUGGCGCUACAGAGCCAAGAUCUCAGUAUACACCGGUCAACAUAUCUUCCAAUGCUUACUCUAUAAGCCAUUCUACAGAGCCAUAUAGCGGCAGUUCAGGCGGCGGCGGGGAGCUAGGGAUGAUAUCACAGAUGCUGUUUGAUGCACAAUAUGCCGACAUGGACCGGGUGAUUAGCUUCGACGACGGCAUGUUUGAAGGGGGUGGUGAC